AUGAGAAUCUCUCGCCUCUCCCUGGCCACCUUGGCUUCGUCGAGCUCCCUGGCGACAGCCCUGGCCGACGGACUCACCAUCGCCCUUACCCUCGACCGAGCAACCCAGGGCAUCAGCAUCUCCUCCGACGGACGCAAGUUCUUGACGCAAAGAUAUUCCACCACGGAUGCUCCUCAAGCCGUCGAGCUUCUCAGCAAUGGCACAACCGUUCUUUACCCCGAUUCCACGUGGAACUCAUGGACGUCCAACUCGACUUUAGAUCCCAAGAAGGCCUUCGUCAGCAUUGACGGCGCCCGGAUCGGGCCCGACGGACGAUUCUGGGUCGUUGACGGAGGCACUACCGACAGCGAUGGCAAGCUUGUCAGCGGAUCUAGCAAGCUUGCUGGCGUGAACCUCACCACCAACGCCGUCGACAAGGUCUACUACCUGGACAAUCUCACCGAGACUGGCAGCGUCAUCGAUGACGUUCGUUUCAACGGGAAUGUUGCGUACCUCAGCGACACAGCUGGCGCGCUCGUUGUCAUGGAUCUUACGACUGGCGAAGGCAAGCGCGUUCUUGUGGGCCACAGCUCUGCCGUGGCAUGGUUCCCAAUGGCCUACAAUGGUAGUCUCGUUCCAGGAUACCAGGGGGGCGACAGCACGCUCUCCGUGGGUCUUGACCAGAUCGAAGUGUCCCCCGAUGGUGUCUAUCUCUACUAUCAACCUUGCAACGGAGGCAUGUACCGCAUCGAGACGCAGUACGUAGACGGCGCCUUGACGAACAGCACUCUCGCGGAGAACCUGGGAGACUACGCGGUCCCUUUCGCGCUCACGCCUAGUACUGGAGGUACGACUAUUGAUGGGGACGGCAACAUCUACGUGAGCGACACCAACCUGCUUGCUAUAUGGAAGGUCAAGCCCGAUGGGUCGUCUUCGAUUCUAGUUCAGGAUGAUGCCUUGGUCUGGACCGAUCUGAUGUGGGUUGACGCGGACAAGAACCUGUGGCUGCCGGCUUCCCAGAUGAGGCCGGGUGCAAAUGGGCUGAUGGCGGAUGGACCAAACUACAUCUUCACUUACCCGAUUGAUUCUGGCCCGUCACCGAUUGACCACGCAUAA